AUGCUGUGUGGGUUUAAUGGGGAGACGACAAUCCAUUUGUGCAGGGACUGUCCCUUUACGGAAGAAGUUAUGCAAUCCAGGGCCAUUCUGAAGCAGGUAUGUUAUAACCCACAGGUGGUACAGAGUGAUUUACUUGGUUGGUUGAAUUUCUGUGCCAAGGAAUUAUCUUUGAGGAAUUUUGGGGAGUUUAUGUUUCUCUUAUGGGGAGUUUGGAAGGAGCGCAAUGAAAGAGUGUGGAACCAGAAAUCUACUGUGGCUUGUGAUGUUAGUCUCCUUCUUGUCUCGAGACUUCAGGAGUUCAGGUUUCAUAAUUUGAAACAAACUCAAUCCACUACUGGCAGAGCUCGAGUAGUUCGAUGGUGUGCACCUAAAGUUGGUUUUUUGAAGAUCAAUGUCGGUGGAUCGUUUAACCAUAUUACCAGGCAGGGAGGCCUUGGUUUUGUGGUUCGGAAUGCUUUUGGUCAUAUACUUGGGGGGGCCUGUCCUCUCAGUGGGCUUAUAUCACCGGAACAUGUUGAAAUUCUUGCUUCUAAGAGAGCUGCAGAGUUUGCAGCUGAUCAUGCUUUCCUACCGGCUGUUUUGGAGACUGAUGCGUCGGAAGUGAAGAGGCAACUUACACAACACAUCGGUGUUGGGAAGACUCUUUGA